CUUCUUCUCACCAGAAAAGAUUCAAUACCCACAUUUCUCCAGAUCUUAGCUAUGGCGUCCUCGAGAGGAACAAGGGGAAUGGCUCUGAGGCAAAGGAGAACGCAAGCUCCGAAACCCAUCUCCUGUAGCUCUUCAUUUAGUUAUGAAGAUAUUAGUAGCGAUGGUUCUGAUUCCGAACGCGACGACGACGUUAGCUGCGUUGUUUGUGGGUCCGGUGACUCGCCGGCGGAUCUUCUUCUCUGCGAUAAGUGCGAUAAAGGGUUUCAUUUGUUUUGCCUUAGACCCAUCCUUCCUUCUGUUCCCAAAGGGUCUUGGUUUUGUCCCACCUGCACAAACCAUAAUCAUAAGAAGCUCAAAUCAUUCCCUCUAGUCCAAACCAAAAUUGUGGACUUUUUUCGAAUUCAGAGGUCUCAAGAGUUGACCCAAAAAAUAAGCCAAGAUAUUCGAAAGAAAAGAAAGCGAGGUAGUAGCUUGGUGAUGUCAAAGAAGAAAAGAAAAUUGCUGCCAUUCACUCCAAGCCCGGAUCCCACGAGGAGACUGGAACAAAUGGCAUCACUAGCAACUGCAUUAACUGCCACAGGCACAGAGUUCAGUAAUGAGCUCACUUACAGACCAGGCAUGGCACCAAGGUCAGCAAAUCAGUCAGCUCUUGAGCGUGGAGGAAUGCAGAUUCUUUCAAAAGAAGAUAGCGAAACCUUAAACUUGUGCAAGAGUAUGAUGGAAAGAGGAGAAUGGCCUCCCCUCAUGGUUGCUUUUGAUCCACAAGAAGGUUUUACUGUUGAGGCGGAUAGGCACAUAAAGGAUCUGACUAUAAUCACAGAGUAUGUGGGGGAUGUUGAUUUCUUGAAGAACCGCGAAAACGAUGAUGGGGACAGCAUGAUGACAUUACUCUCUGCUGCUAAUUCUUCAAAAAGCCUUGUUGUUUGUCCAGAUAAGCGUAGUAACAUUGCCCGCUUCAUUAAUGGCAUCAACAAUCACUCUUUGGAGGGGAAAAAGAAGCAGAACCUCAAGUGUGUGAGAUUUGAUGUCAAUGGUGAAUGCCGAGUUCUACUGAUAGCUAACAGAGAUAUAUCAAAGGGGGAGAGAUUGUAUUAUGAUUAUAAUGGUGAUGAGCAUGAAUACCCAACUGAGCACUUCGUCUAGGCUCUUUCCCUUUUCUAGUAAUUUAUUGAUUUUUGUUCAUACACAGAUUAAGUUGGGCUUAGAAUCUGGCACCAAACUGGCUAAUUGUACACAUGACUUUCUUGAGAAGAGAAAUCAAGUGAGUCUUGGAUGAAAAAGAUAGUACACAACAACUUGUGACUUUUCCCAUUGGUGAAUGGUCUUACAUGUUAAAAUUUGUAACAGCAUCCCAUCUAGUGUAUAUCUUUACAUUUGGGAUGCACAUAUUAGUUUGAACUGGGCAUAUGCCAAAACUUUCUGUUCUGAGGUCUUCAAAUUCGUAGUGCAAACUAUAAAGAGAAAUUAAUUGAAAUAGAUCA